CCUGGGAGCGACAGUAGCUGGAGCUGCAGGCGGAGGAAGCGGCAGCAGCAACCGCAGCCAAGGCGAGCACUGUUUCCUCGGCUUUGUUCACCACAGUGAUGCAGCCCUCUUUGGGAUCUCCGAGGCUGCUUGGAAGAGCAGACUGGCUGACGUGAUGACGUUACCGGGAGGAGGCUCUCCUGUGGGCCGACAGCUGAUGGAGAGGAGUUCCUACUCUGUCUAAUACACACACAGACAGUCUCUCUAUCUGGAACAAAUGAAGAGGACACAGGGGAUAGAAAUGAUAUACUGAUUUAAAGAAGAGCUGUUAUUCAUAUCCACUGGAAGCACUUGGAAAUGUUUGAUGGGACAAAUGCAUUUUUUUUUAGUUUACAAGACAAACCUUAUUGUGGAUGACUGAUUUUGUUCCACUGCUGGCACGAGUCGGGAAUCUGAAACUGUGGAUUCUAAGUCUUUUUUUUUUAAACAUUUUUUUUAAUCCCAUUUCAUUUGUUGCCCUGUCAUUGACACUACAUCAACAAGGCAACUCACUGAUCAAAGGCAUCCCAAUGACUUGACUGUUUUUUUUUUAAACAGCCCAUUUGGCUAAAUGACAUCAUUAAUCCAGCGGUGCUGAAGUCCACUUUUGUUUGACCUCAUUUAUACUUUUGAAAGUUUUUAUUGGUUAUUUUUAGUCACUGUUGCAGAUCAAGGAGUCAAGGGAAAGUGCAAGUACUAUGCAGCAUUGUGUCAGUCUCUCAUUCAACACCAAAUCAUUAACUUCAGCAGAGAGAGGUGUCCGUAGAUAUACGUAAACUCCUACAAAGAACCAUCUUCUGGAUCUUUUGUUCUUGUUCAGGUGGAAUAGAAAGCAGUAGAGCAGCAGUGAUGUUUGCUGCUGUGGAGCAUGGUCCGGUGCUCUGUAGUGACUCCAACAUCCUGUGCCUGUCCUGGAAGGGCCGGGUACCUAAGAGUCAGAAGGAGAAACCAGUGUGCAGAAAGCGCUACUAUGAGGAGGGCUGGCUGGCGACUGGUAAUAGCCGUGGAGUUGUUGGGGUCACAUUCACGUCCAGCCACUGCAGACGAGAUCGGCCCACCCUGCAAAGAGUGAACUUUAACCUCAGAGGACACAAUAGUGAGGUGGUGUUGGUGCGGUGGAAUGAGCCUUUCCAGAAACUGGCCACUUGUGACACAGAUGGAGGGAUUUUCGUUUGGAUUCAGUACGAGGGCCGUUGGUCUGUGGAGCUUGUCAAUGAUCGUGGAGCCCAGGUGAGUGACUUUACGUGGUCACAUGAUGGCACUCAAGCUCUCAUCUCUUAUCGUGAUGGUUUUGUCCUGGUGGGCUCCGUCAGUGGCCAGAGACACUGGUCUUCUGAGAUCAACCUGGAAAGCCAGAUUACUUGUGGCAUAUGGACUCCUGAUGACCAGCAGGUGUUGUUUGGUACUGCAGAUGGACAGGUGAUAGUGAUGGACUGUCACGGACGCAUGCUGGCCCACAUACUGCUGCAUGAGUCUGAUGGCAUCAUCAACAUGUCCUGGAACUACCCCAACUUCCUCGUGGAGGACAGCAGUGAGAGUGACACGGACUCUGAAGAUUACUCCCCACCACAAGUGCACACCCAGAAACCACUGCUGACAGUCAGUUUCACUUCUGGAGACAUCAGCCUGAUGAACAAUUAUGACGACCUCUCACCCACCCUUGUCCACACUGGGUUAAAAGAUGUUGUGGUCCAAUGGUGCUCUCAGGGGGAUCUCCUGGCAGUGGCAGGGAUGGAGAGAACACUCCCCUCUUCUGAAACCUCCUGUUCUCUUCUGACUAAGAACGCAGUUGUUAAGUUCUACAAUAUUCGGGGAGAACCCAUCUACACACUAGACACGCCAGCACAGCUCCCUAUAACUACGCUCUGCUGGGGUCACAGAGACUCUCGUCUGUUUUUGGCAUCGGGCCCAGCGCUCUACAUUGUGCGGGUGGAGCACCGGGUUGCCACGCUGCAGCUACUCUGCCAACAGGUCAUCGCCAUAGCAGUGAAGGAGGAAAAAGAUGUUGCCAAGCUCACCAUCCCUUCCCGUCUGUGCUCUUAUGUCACUUCUGCUUUUGUUCCCACCAUCAAGCCUCCCAUCCCAGACCCUAACAACAUGCGUGAUUUUGUGAGCUACCCGACUGCUGGGAACGAGCGUCUGCACUGCACCAUGAAGCGUACAGAAGACAACCCUGAGGUGGGAGGGCCAUGCUAUACUUUGUAUCUGGAGUACUUGGGCGGUCUGGUUCCUAUCCUGAAGGGCCGACGAAUAAGUAAACUGCGUCCCGAGUUUGUCAUCAUGGACCCAAAGACAGAUGGAAAAACAGAUGAGAUCUAUGGCAACAGUCUGAUAUCAGCAAUGAUUGACAGCUGUAAUUGCUCGGACUCCAGUGACAUUGAGCUGAGUGAUGACUGGGUUGGCAAGAAAUCUCCAAAGAUAUCCAGAGGAAGCAAAUCUCCUAAACUUCCCAGAGACUUAGUUUGUCCCUUUACCAACAGGAUUAACAUUGACCCCAGAAAAUCACCCAAACUGUCCCGUGCUACACAAGAGAUCUCUAGGUCACCCCGAUUACCCAUCAGGAAACCCUCAAUUGGGUCACCCAGUCUAUCGCGGAGGGAAUUUCCUCUGGAUGACAUUAAUCAGCAAAAUUAUCUUGCUCAGGUCACAUCCAAUAUUUGGGGAACAAAGUUCAAGAUUGUGGGGCUAGCUACUUUCUUGCCAACCAAUCUUGGUGCAGUUAUCUACAAGACAAGCCUCCUCCAUCUGCAGCCCAGACAGAUGACCAUCUACCUGCCAGAGGUGCGCAAGAUCUCCAUGGACUACAUCAACCUGCCUGUUUUCAACACCAAUGUUUUCAGUGAGGAUGAAGAUGACCUGCCUGCCACAGGCACUGCUGGUAGUGCUGAAGAUAACAACCCCCCCUGCACUGUAAACAUCCCAAUUGCCCCAAUCCAUAGUCCCGCCCAAGCCAUGUCUCCUGCCCAAAGCAUUGGUCUGGUUCAGUCUCUUCUUGCCAAUCAGAAUGUUCAGUUGGAUGUCCUAAGCAAUCCCACUGCAAGCCCCACUGGAGCUGCUGCUAGUGGGUCCGACCAAAGCCAGGAUGCAAUAUUGACAGCCCAAUACACGGUUCCCACCAGGUACUCCAGUCCUGGUCAGGUUAUAUUUGGUGGACUGGAAGUGGGUCGUCUAAUGGUUGGACCUCCACCAUCUCAUCAUCCAUCACAGCAACAACAACCAAGUCAGCAACAACAGCAUCAACAGCAUCAACAGCAGCAGCAGCAGCAGCAGCAGCAGCAGCAGCAGCAGCAGCAGCAGCAAAUUCAGCUGCAGCAUCAGCAGCAGCAGCAGCAGCAUCAACAACAGCAGCAGCAGCAGCAGCAUCAACAGCAGCAGCAGCAGCAUCAACAGCAGCAGCAGCAUCAACAGCAGCAGCAGCAUCAACAGCAGCAUCAACAGCAGCAGCAUCAACAGCAGCAGCAGCAUCAACAGCAGCAUCAACAGCAGCAGCAUCAACAGCAGCAGCAUCAACAGCAGCAGCAUCAACAGCAGCAGCAACAACUUAUACACCACCAACAACAAAUUCAGCAACACCAACAGCAAUUCCAGCAGCAGCAAAUGCUUCAGCACCAACAGUUUCAGCAGCAACAGCACAUUCAGCAGCACCUUCAACACAUACAGCAACAACAUCAACAACAGCUCCAACAGCACAUACAGAUGCAACAACAGCAACAGCAUCUACAACAGCAGCAUCAACAAGUUCAACAGCAGCUGCAGCAGCAGCAACAACAAAUGCACCAUCAGCAGCUGCAGUCUCAGCAGCAGCAACAACAACUGCACCAUCAGCUGCAGUCUCAGCAGCAGCAACAACAACUGCACCAUCAGCUGCAGUCUCAGCAGCAGCAGCAGCAGCAGCAGCAGCAGCAGCAGCAGCAGCAGCAGCAUCACAUGCAACAGCAGCAGCAUCACCAUCAACUACAGCAGCAGCUUCAAAUUCAAAUCCCUGUUUCCUCCAUGCCAUCAGUUCAACCUUCAGGUAAAGCCAUGCACCAGCUACAGCCAGGGACACUGCAGAUCCAAAUUCCUCACCCGCCUACUGAUUUAGUAGUUGAGAGAGGAGUGUCAGGUGAACAUGAGCACUUACUGAAAAUCAAAACAACUAGAUCAACUCCACAGCUGGCUGGUGGUGAUACAGUUGUGUUCAGUGCUCCUCUAGAGCUCAGCAAGAUGAACCCCCCACCCCCUUACCCUGGAACUGUGGCUGCUGCUGUAGCUGCUGCAGCAGCAGCUGCUGCUGCUGCAGCAGCAAAUUCAGCUGCAGCUUCCAGCUCCUCAUCUGGAUCAGGAGGGGGCACAAAUGGACCCCCUCCCUCUGGUGAUCUAUGUCUGAAGAAGGGAGAGUUUCAACUCUACCCUCCAGGUCAGCAGCAAGCACAGUACCCCACACCACUGGGCUAUGAGAGGAUAACAACCUUUGACAGCAGUGGGAAUGUGGAAGAAGUAUGUCGUCCUCGAACACGCCUUGUCUGUAAUCAGAAUGUCUACACACUCCAUGGACCUGGCAGUUCUGCCACUCUCAGGGUCACCUCUUCAUCCUCAGCAACUGACAAGAAAAUCCAGUUACCAUACAACUCUGCUACUCUCAACAGACUUACUGCACCUCGCUAUUCUAUACCUAGUGGAGACCCACCUCCAUACCCAGACACAGCCAGCCAGAAUAGUACUGCUGGUAGGAACUCUGCUCAGAGGCUUGACAGUAGUCUCAUCCAUGCAACCCUCAGAAGGAACAGCCGAGAGGCUGCACUCAAAGUUUCUCAGAUGCUGGAACCACCAAGACCACUGCCUCCUAAGGCUAAAAAUAGUGCACUAGCAGCCUCAUUCCAGCAGAGGGUGCCCACAGCCUUAUAUACCUGCAGCCAGUGUAGCAGUGGAUCCAGUGUUGGAGGCACUUCCCCAGGAAGUGCUAAUGGUAUAGCAGGAGGAACUAUUAUCAGACAAGAUUUUCCUCCAGGGACUGGUGCGCCACACAGCACAGUUAUUGUUCAUUCAAACAGUGCAACUGCUUUAGCGUCCCAGUCGACAUACAAUCUGAUGAGUUCACUUGAAGGAUCAGGAAGUGCAGCAGGAAAUAACAGGGACAGAGCUGAUUAUGUCAAUUCAGCCUUUACUGAGGAUGAAACACUGAACCAGUCCCUGAGACAUUUGACACUAGGAGGAAGUGAUGCAUCAGGGCUUGUUGUGAAACGCCCACCUCCCUAUCAGUGGGAUCCAGCUGCCACAGAGGAGGUAUGGGUUCCUCAGGAAAGAACUGCACCUUUGAACCCCACUGGUCCACACAAACCACCCCCCCUUGUUCUUAGCCCAGCUCAACACUUGGAUGUAACCAGAAUGCCUUUCGUACUUUCUCCGAAGUCUCCCACCAGCCCCAGUGCUGCAUCAUUCCAAGCUGCUGCUGCAGCUGCAAGCUGCCAAAUCUCUCUUCAGUACGCUCCUGGAACUGCCUAUACCGGAGCCCAGCUCCAGCCUGGGACACCACGCCCGUGCGCCUCCCCAAAGGAGAUGGUGGCAUCGGUGCCCUUCUCACAGCAGGAUGCAACUCUCAUCUUACCACCAGGUUAUCCUGCAAACCUAGCUAACCUAGCCUGCUGUCCCCUCCCCCCAAUGUAUCCAGCAGGAAGUGCUUGUCCCGGGCUUCCCAUUCCUCCAAUUGCCCUUCACACACCCUGGGGUACAUAUAAUGCUUGCCCACCUAUGCCCAGUCCUGCAGUGCCACUACCACCCAAAGCCUCCCACAUGGCAGUAGACAAAAAUGUUCUAUCGCCGCCACCCCCUCCUCCACCACCCCCACCGGCACCACCAGCAGAACUGCAGAGCCACGGGGAGGCUAUGGCAGAUGCUGGGGAAAGUUUUCAGGAGGUGCUUUCCUUAACUGAGAGCCCUGUUCCACAGAGGUCUGAUAAAUUCAGCAAAAAGAAUCGCAAACGAAUGGAUGGUCGAGCUGAGGAGACUAGCAUGUCACAGCUGGCUGAGGGUAGCAAAUCAAAAAAAGAGGGCAGAGCUCUGGGUGAUUUCAACUCGCUCAUCUCUAGUCCACGCCUCGGAGGGAGGGACAAGAAGAAACUGAAGGGACAGAAAGAGCAGCAACUGAAGGCUAAAAAGCUGAGUAAGGCCACUGCUAAUAGUGAGUUUCAAGAUAGUUCGGAAAGUGAACCAGAACUUUUCAUCAGUGGUGAUGAGCUUCUUAAUCAAUGCCAGAGCGGUAAGAAGGGCUGGAAGAGUAAAAGGAACCUUCGGGCUCCCAGUGAGCUUGAUGAGAUAAAAUGUCGAAAAGCCAGUGAGAAGGAAGACAGAGGACUGGGCAGCCAAGGGUUUGUGUAUGUCAUGGCCAACAAGCAGCCUCUGUGGAAUGAAGCGACACAAGUCUACCAGCUGGACUUCGGUGGACGUGUCACACAGGAAUCUGCCAAGAACUUUCAAAUCGAACUGGAGGGAAGACAGGUGAUGCAGUUUGGCAGGAUUGAUGGAAAUGCCUAUAUCUUAGACUUCCAGUAUCCCUUCUCUGCUGUUCAGGCAUUUGCAGUGGCUUUGGCAAAUGUCACUCAACGCCUGAAAUGAGAUGCUCCCUCCCUACUUACCCUGAGUUAUAUCUGGGAUUAAAUGCAAUCACUGCAGAAGGGACACAUGCACUUCAUUUGAGAUCAGUAAACUUUUGGGAGUGGAUUUUGGUGACAAGAAUGAAAUCAGCCCUGACUAUUUAGAGAGAUUCAUUCAUACUGCACUACAUGAUGCUGCCACUAAAUAUGGUGCAGUGAGCAUUGACCACAUUUGUCAAGAAUGCUGUCAAAUCUACUCUUGCAGUCAGUGGCACCUUGCAUAUUGUGGAGGGCCAAAUAUGUGAGCUUGGGUAAUCAUCAUGCAAAUAAAUGCUGCUCCAGAUUGAAGAAGCGUAUAGACAGGUUAAUCAAUUGGUUAACAGAGAUAGGGAUUGAUAAGGUGCAGUUUUUCAGUAGAAGCAGCAGUAAUACUUGAAAACCACACUCUGGAGGUCGAAGUUACUUUUUCCAGAGUACAUGGGUACUAUUGGGCACUGAAAUCCAUUGCUGUACAAACCUUUAAUGAAACAUUACCACUUUAUUAUACUGCUUUUGAUUUUAGGAUUUUGUUAAUUGACUCUACAUGGUGGAGGUUAGGAGGGCCUUUUUUCUUUUAGCUCUCUGCCAUUCCUUUUGUUACUGUUUCAGUCUAUUGUGGCUGGAAUUGAGGCUUUGAGAUAUGCAUAAUUUAGGAGCACAACUAAGAGUUAAAACUGUUGCAAAGAUAUGCCACUGUUACAAAUUUAAGAAGGUAAAGGAGUGAAAAUAGCUGAGGUGAACGAUGGUCUUUACCACAUCAGACUUUGAAGGAAGAGGAAAUGUUAUUCUGCUACAUGAAUUAAUUUAUAUGUGCAUGUUGUUUAUUAUUCAGAUUUACAUUGUCAUUGUUAGUGAUAUACAAUCCUCAUACCCUGUCAUCAUGGUUUUCUUACCUGCUUUAUUUGGGUGAUUGAAUUUGAAUAUUGCUGUGUACUUGGAGAAUUCAGGUGGAAGUCGUUUACAGAAUAGCUUUGGCUGACAUAUCCUAGUCUAAGUUAAUUAUCUACACAUGGUGACAUAGGCGCCAAAGACAUCGCCAAGGCCUAGACUGAACAACUUGACCUUUUACAUGAAGUGAUUUGUCACCUGCUGUCACUUCCGUGAAGUGAGUAUGUAGUUGGGAGGGGGAGGGGGGGUAUCCCUUCUCUUAAAGACCCACUUAACAUAUAAGCAUGGUACAGGAAAUAUUUUUGUAAUUUCAUCUAUGCCAUUUCAUAUUAUUCUUGGAAGUCAUGUAAAUAAAUCAGUUAUAUGUAAAUGUUGUAAAGAGACUUAGGUGACUUUGACAGAUUUUUGUUUAUGCCUGUCUCCACUGUGUUUAAUUUCAGGUGUGGAGUAAAGCUGUAGUACUGUUAAGGUCAACAGCAACAACCACAAAGUAACGGUUAAGCUGAAUACAUUGUCACUCAGUCUUUUAAGUCUCCGAUGAAGAAUUAAGCUUUUUAAAUCACUCCACUUAGUAAGUUGACUGAAAUCUGAAAGGGUGUUUUAUCUUUUUGUUUCAGGCAGUGAAGCUAUUUAAACUUAAGGAUCCCUAACAGCAGGCACAGGUAGUGGAUUACGAGGCACACUGCAAAUAUUUGCAGUAGUUUUUAUUUGCAUAAGAUUUCAGUUAAAAUCACUACAGAUAGAAGUAAUAUUGAUGCUUAAUAACACUGGUUAGUUAUGAUAAGGAUAAAAUUUGAAUGUGUGCCAAAAUGUGCAAAACAUUUUAAGUAGAAAAAAUUAACCUAGAGAGAACUGUAACUACAUUAUAGAAAGGUUUUAAUAUGGAUCAGUUGCUUUGGUCUUAGGGUAAUUGAUGAGCUUAUUCAUUAGAGCAAUAUUUUCAAAUCACAAGGUGCAUGUCUGUCAGUGGUGGUUUGUAGGGAUAGGAACUGAAGAAGUUGUUUCAGAUCCUAAAACUGAAAAGAACAUGAACAUGUCAUUAAGAAAAUACUAUUUUGUGUUAGUUGUGCAAUAUUUUUAGGAGGAAUACAUUUUUUUUUCUUCUGCUUUAGGCCACAAUUUAAUAGUUCAGUGUCUCAGAUUCUGGUCUGUACAUUUUAUUUAUGAGAUUAUUUCCUAAUGGAGAUAAAUUAUCUACACAUAAUGUAUAUUGUGGAGUUUUACAAACAUUUCUUUGUGUUGAUAAGUUUUGUUAAAAAUGUAACCCAAGUUGUAAGAUGGAAAAUGUGGAGUUGGGAUGGGGACAAGCAAAUUUUCAGUGUAAUGUGAAGUUUGCUAUGGAAGGAUGAGAUGUGAAUGAGCAAGUGCCCAGUUUAAUGUAAUUGGUAGACUAGUUGUGUAGAGUGUAUGUGUCAUGUCAAGGUGUGUCUGUAUUCAGCUGUGCAGUCUACCAAUCCCAUCAGUGUUAAAUCUCUUACCGUAAAACUUGUGUGGUCAUGGCUUCUACAUGUGCACACCAUUCACACGAGUUCACUAGUGAAAACCGCUGAGUUCAUGUUCAGCAACACCUAUGAACUUAGUUAAGGAGUCACGUUAAACUAAUGAUGAUCAAUUGUAGAUAUUGUAGGAUUUGGCUUUUCUUUAGAAAAGAUUUGUGCUUUGUAUUUGUAGAUGUAGACAUAAAUGGCAAAAACAUGGAAAAAAAUGAGUCUGAUUUGGUGACUGAACGGUUAUAGUGGAUGGAUAGUAAGGCAUGCCAUGUAAAUGAUUUCAUAACUGCAUAUGUCACACAUCUUUUGAAUAAAAUGUCAUUGUUUCAGAAGAAAAUACUGGGUUUGCUUCUCUCACACAUAUACAAUACUGUGCAAAAGUCUUAAGUUCUCCUUCAUAUUGUCAAAGUUUCUGUAACAUCCAUGUUUAUAUCCAUGUCCCUAUAUGUGAUCCUUGUUGCUGUUACCAAAAGAGCUCUAGCCAGUCUGGAUCAGGGAAAAGAACAUCAGCGGGUGUCCUGGAGGGUCUGGUACCGAGAUGUUAGGAACAGAUCAUUGAGGACCUGUGGGGUGGAGUGUAUUUGUAAGGUUGUCUUGAACAAAAAUUAAAAUGCUUUUAAGUCCAAUCUGUUAAACUCAAUAUAAAACUUAAUCUUGUGUUAACUUUCUAUAAUUACUAAUAUUAACUUAUAAAUAACCCAUUAAUCUUGCAUGUCGGUAGUAUUGGGUAUGGCAAGGUAUGGCAGCCGCCACACCUUGGCUUCAAGGGAAAAUGUAAAUGUUUGUUUUUUCAAAUACAUUUAUGUAAUUA